GAGAGCAGACUGCAGUGGUGACUGACUAACCAUUGGAAAAUAUAACAACACAAAACAACAGGACUGAACAAAACAUUCUCUCAUUUUCUCAAAUGUCUGACUGGAGGCAGUGAACAGCCACAACAGGGUAAAUCACUGCUGCAGAGGAAGCAUGGAGGAUUUCAGCCUGGUCAGAUGUGACAGCCUGGAUGCUGGGUCAGGCUGUGACAGGGAGGUGAUGACACCGAUCGACCACAUGACCCUUGACCCUGAGGGCUCUGACCCCACAGCAAACCUCGAGCCUUCGCCAGCAGAACUGGCUCAGUGUGAGGCUGAAGUGGGCACGCUGCUCAGCAUCAUCGCUGAGCUGAACAAGAAGAUGGGGUCAUUAAAGGCACCAAGUGAACCAGGGGACCUGAGACCACCAGGACCAUCCAGGCCUCUGGUUCCAGAUCUCCUGUCCCACAGACUGGCAAGAAGCAGCCCAGAGAGGAAAACUGCCUCUGCUUCAACAUCCAAACCUCCACUGACUGCCCGAGGGGGCAGCGGUGUUGUCUGGACUAAACUCCAGCAGGUUUUAUCAUCAUUGGAGGACUCCAUCAGCUGUAAAAGGUCCUGGGCUGCCCCCAUCACAGCCUCUGACCAGGACAAGCACAAAGAGCACCUGAGAGCAGCCCAGGAGAGCUGGGUUAAGGCCACUCAGAUAUUGGAGGACAUGGAAAGAGAGUUUGGGAUUUCAUGCCCAUCAGGCCUGGUGAAGGACCAGUACCAGGAGGAAAUCCUGGACCUGGAAAAGCGGGACUCUCCUCUCAGAAGCACCUUGCAGUGUUACCAGGAGGAGCUGGAGAGAUCACAAAGCACCAUCAGCCAGAUGGAAGACGAGAAGAACAAGCUGGCUGGUCUCCACAAGGCCUGGAGGUCAGGCAGUCGUUCUCCUUCCUACCGACCCCCCUCUGGGGCUCUCAGUCCGGACUGGGCCUCUCCUCCCUUCCCUGGUUCACCUUUACUCCACAGAAGAACAGCCAGAGCUGUAGCCCCUCUGUCUGUGGGUGGGGAUGGCUCUCCACUGAGCUCUGUUAACUCAUGCAGUCCUUGUCCCAGCCCCAUCAGCCUGGAGUGUGAGACAGAGCGACUGAACAGGUGCAUUGAGAGGCUGAAGGCCAGAAAUGAACGGCUGACUGCAGCUCUGGAGCGAAGGAAGGGAGAGUCUGAACUGAUCAGUAUCACACUAAACAGACUUGAGACUGACUGCUCUGCCCUGCAGAUGGCUCUCAGAUACUGUGAGGAGUGUGAAGAGGCCUACAGCGAGCUGCUGUCACUUCAUGACGCCAAGAAGCAGCAAAGCAUUCCUCUGCAGACAGACCCAGCAGAGGCAGUCGGUGACAGGCAGCAGCCCGACAGUCCAUCAGCCCAACUCAGGAAAAUGGGAACUGAGGAGCUGUCCACCUCCUUCUCAACAGCAGGGGUCACAGAGGAGAGGGAAGCACAGAGUCACACAGGGCAGAGGACACCUGAGCUGGUGGAGCGAGAGGCUGUUCUCCGUCAGCUAAUUGAGCGCCUGAAGAGGGACCGCGCAGCCAUUUGUCUACCGAAGCCAAGGCCAGGAGCUGAGGGCAAAAUGAGCCCUGAAACUGGUCACCCGGCUGGAUCAAGAGGUGGACAUGUGACCAAAGAUAACGCCAAACCUCCGGAUACCAAGAAAGAGAAAUCUUCCCUCUUCUAUGAACUCAUCUCUGUCAGGGAGGAGAUGUCAGAUCUGCGAACUCUGAUCCGCCUCAAAGAGAAAGAGCUGAGGUGUCUGGAGUGGAGUCUAAUGGCCCAGAAGGCCCAGGAAGCGGCGGGAGCUUUCGUUCCAGAGAGCCUCAGAGAGGAGCUGGAGGAUCGCAAGACCGGACAACAGAGGCUCUGUGAAAAUGCUGCUAACCUGGGUAGUGAUGAAGACAUCGCCCGAGCCAGACCCAUUCUCAAAGAGCUGCAGGCCGUCCUGCAAAGGGAACAAGCCCUGAAGAAGAGACUGGCUUUAGUGCAGGACUCACUGAACACAGCUGUGUCAGACAACACCUCCCAUAGGAGGGACAAUGGAGAGCAGAUAGCCCGGCUCACGCAAGCUCACAGCAAAGCCUUGAGUUCGUACCGGCAGAUUCGCAGGAAGUAUCGAGAGCAGGUGUGGAGGCUGGAGCAAAAAGUGGCAGCCAUGACGGAGAGUCAGCACCACCAGAGUGGAGCAGCGAAAGCAGCAGGGGAGGCAUCGGAGUGGAGAAGGGAAGAGACUGUUCUGUGAUUCGUCAGUCAGUCAAUCAGCCUUUCUAAUAGUCACAUUUAUCCACAUCAGCUGCAAUCCUGCUGAAUUCAAGUCGCUCAUGUGCAGUCUUACCCUGUGUGACGUUUUGCAGGUAGAAGCCUCGUCACUGCAAAGUGAGGUUCUUUAGCCAUGCUAGCAGCCUGGUUAUAAGGAUGUCAGGUGGUUCAGUCCAAAAUAGCUGAAAUGAAAUAGCUCAACAACUAUUGAAUGGAUUGCCAUGAAUUUAUUACAGAUAUCCAUCCAGAGGAGGAAUCCUAUGACUUUGGUUAUCCCCGGACUUUUUAUCUAUCUACAACUAUUAGAUGCACUGCCAUGAAAUUUGUUACAUAUAUACACGGGAUUAAUUAUAAGAAUCUUUUGUGGGCCUUUCACUUUUCAUUUAGUGGUCAAAAUUUCAUUUUGUCCACUUUGGUUUGUGACCAAAUUCCUAGUAAACUAAUGAUAUUCCCAUCAGCCUCAGCUGUACUCUGUGUUUAGUGCUAAUUAACAGAUGCUAAUGUGCUAAAAUAUAAAAUUAAGAUGGUGAACAUUAUAAACACUAUACCUGCUUAAUAACAUCAUGUUAGCAUUGUUGCUAUGAGCAUGUUAGCCGGCAUUAGCGUGUAACUGAAUACGAUCAAAGCCUCACAGUCAAUAGCAUGGCUGUAGACUCUUGUUAAUGAGAUAUAUUAAGACGUAAGUUGUCCAUCCGUGUGAGGAGACAUGUGCCUAUUCAGCUAUUUGUACUGUCAUCUAUUUAUCUAUCAACCCAUUAAUGACAUCUACAGCCGUCCAUCCAGGCAUUCACUGGUGAGUACUGUAUGUAGGGCAGUAGAACAUGGACAGCACUGUCCGUUCUGCCUUUUCAACCCUUGUGAGAGUUACCAAUAAACUAAAAAGGAUUCCAAGGCUUAACUUGUCUAACAGGAGUCACACAUCACAAGACACAUGCCUUAUUUCAGAGAAACAGCUGUCACGCAGUCAUGAAUGCGUAAGUCUGACUCAAAGACUGACCCCGCAGAGGACCUCAGGACUGACCUCGAGAGCGCACAUGUCCUUUUUCCCGUACAAGCCAAGUGUACGAAGCCGCUGCCGGCCAGCCGUGCUGUUGUAACAAAGCUUAGAGAAGGGGGAUGGGGGCCGGGACAAUGCACACAUGAUGUGGACGCAAAAUGUACGGCCAGCCCUUUUGUCUUCUUAGCACUUUCAUAGUUCUCUCCAUCUUGAUCUCUCUGCCUUUCAGUAUUUCCACUUUUCUUAAACAAACAUGCUAAAUAGGUGCUUUUAGUUGAGUGCUAGAACCCACAUUAUCCUGCUGGUUCAAAAUACUAUUUAAAAAAUGAAACUGCCUGUUUGUAAAGAUUUAGGACUUCAGUAGGAAUGAACGGGCUUGGGGCUGACAGUCCCAGACAGGGUAGGGAAGUCAGACAGUAUUAAGAUGACAGUUAACCAGCCAGCAGACAUGGUGGAGACUCUGCAGCAAACCUGCAGACAAAUUCAACCAUGAAGACAUGAUGGGAUUUGCCAUUCCAAACAACACAGCUGUGAUGUACUGAGGCAACGGUGACCUGACAAACAUGCCGCUCAUGUCUGGCAAAAAACAAGAAACUGAUGGAACAGAUCAGUGUCUUGGUAUUUGAGAGCAGUACUCCAUUAGUUGUUAACUGCUGGCAUAUAGCAUUGCUGGGCUCACAGCAGGGGGUUAAAAUAGUGAGAUAUAAAUCGACGCAGCAGAAUCACAGAUAUUGUCUUUUUUAUUCAAAGCAUUCUUCUUCCUUGUCAAAGUGUACUGCCUACAUUACCCACAAUGCUUAACUCAAUUGUUAACGUCUUCAGGCAGAGGUGGGGAGCAGCUACACAGGUCUGGUAAAGUCACGUCUUCCGAAGUGUAUCAAUCAUAUGACACAAUAUUAACUAUAAAUUCAAAUACAGUAUUAUUAAUCAGCUGUUAGUAUAUAUAAUAAUAAGAAUGUACAUAUAUGUUCGAGCUCUCCUUGACAGCCUUUUGCUCUGUAUCAUGCUGUAUAAGCCAAUCAGAAUUUAAGGAUUUAAAAGUAAAGUAUUCAGACAUUAACACUUGUUUGGUUUUGGUCCAUUUCAUUUCAAAAUCAAAAAUAAUGUCAGCCUUAUCUUUUAGAUGCUCUGGGCACCACAAUUAAAAAAUGAUUUCACCUUGAUAGCACUGGUGUGGAGACAGAAUGCCAAAGACAGAUAAAUAUAAAACAAAACUAUCUGUAUAGACAGAUAUGAUGGAAGGUCAUUGAGAAAGUUUUUUUGGGAUUUGGGCAUAUCAACCCUUUAAAAGCCCAGUUUACUCUCACCUUACCUUCAUACAGAUCCUUCAAUAUUCACUUCUCACUCAUACCUCCAUUUCCUCUCCCUCCAUCUUCUCUCCUCACUCAUCUCUCAAUCAUCUCUAUCCCUUCUCCCCCCUCCAGCCGACCCCGUGCCCUGACCCGAGCUGGUCAGCUGCAGCUGUGACCGGCGGUCAGGAGGUUAAGGCAAAGGUUGAGUGUCACACCCACAGGGUCACAGCGAUGCCUCGCUGUUGUGUUAGCCUGUGAAUGGAGAGUUCAGAGUGCCAGACGAGGUGGCGAGCCCCUGACGCCCUGACUCUUGCCUGAGCUUGCCCUUUCCCGAGCAGAGGUCACCGCAGAGGGCCUGUCCUCGCCGCUCCUCCCGUUCCUCCAGGUCACCAUCACUAUUGUUGUAAUAGCUGCCAUUAGAGCAGAUGAUACAAUUAUCAUUCCAUUUUGUGUUCGCUCUCUCUAAGAUCUAUGUUAAGCUUCUGACUCCAUCAAAGGUUUUUUAGGCAACAUGAUCAUUGUAACCUCUGGGUGACUCUUGUAUCAAAGAGUCCACAUGACGCCAAAAUGUCCCACAAAAAGAUUCAUGGCUCAAUAUAUUUGCAUCUAUGCAGUUAAUGGAAGAUGAAUUCACAUUCAAAAGUCCAGCAUUCAAAAUCUACUUCUAAAGUACAUCGGUAUUACCACAAAAGUGUACUUAAAUUAUUAAAGCAAAAACACUACUUCUGGAGAGAAAUGCUCCAGGUUAGUGAUCCAUAAUUAUAUAUAUUAUUAUAUACAACAAUAUAAGCUUGUUAAUUAAUACUUAUGCAUUAGUGUUUAACUAGUAUUUAGCUGUUGCUGGUUGAGUUAAUUCUAACCACUUUAUAUAGAGAUAGUAUUUGAUUUCUUAAUGAAAAACCCUAUUAUGUAAAGUAACUAGAAAUUAUAGGUGUCAAAUAAAUAGAAACUGUAGUAGAGUAGAAGUACAAAAUAGUAAAACACGGAAACAGUCAUGUAAAGUACAAGUACCUCAAAGUAGUACUUUAUUGUACUAAAUUGUAUUUUGAACAUAUUGUUUUUAUUGCUUUCACAAACACAGAACAAACAAAACAAAAGCACUCCUGAACAUGUAAUAAAGUGAUAGAAUUACCCUCAGAGGUUGACAAAAUUCAGUCAAUCCCGCAACUAUAAAGUGCACGUUAAAAAGGCAGCCUUAUGACCACAGCAUCAGUUACCUUUACUCUUGCUAUUAUGACGUAACAAUUCAUCAUAAUGUUUUUUAUAGGCUUGUUAUAAAAUGAAACAUUUUUAUAAGCUUGUUAUAAUAUGUUUUUAAUGCUAAAUCUUGAUUUGUGGAGUAAAUAGUGAAUA